CUCUGAGACUGUGGUCUGACAUGGCAGCAGCUGCUGGAGAUCCGGAGCAAGUGGUGUCCCUGCGGGGGAAGGUGUGCCUGGUGACGGGAGCCAGCUCAGGGAUUGGCGCUGGCACUGCGCUGCUCUUUGCCCGCCUAGGGGCCCGGUUGGCCCUGAAUGGUAGAAAUGAGGAGAAACUACAGGAGACGGCUCACGGCUGCGAGGAGCUGUGUGAUCACAAGCCCUUCCUGGUUCCCGGAGACCUGACCGAUGAGACGGUUGUGCCGAGAAUCGUUGAGCAGACUGUGGCCCACUUUGGACAGCUGGACGUGCUGGUGAAUAGUGGUGGGAUCUUGUCUAUGGGGUCUGUGGAGAACACAUCUCUGCAGGACUUUGACCGUGUGAUGAAUGUCAAUGUCAGGGCCCUGUUCCACCUCACUCACCUGGCCGUGCCUCAUCUCAUCCAGACCAGAGGGAGCAUCGUGAAUGUGUCCAGCGUUGCCGGGCAGAGAUCUUUCCCCGGGGUCCUGGCCUAUUGCAUGUCCAAGUCUGCGGUGGACCAGCUGACCAGAUGUGCAGCUCUCGAGCUGGCGAGUAAGCAGGUCCGCGUCAACGCUGUCUGUCCGGGGGUGAUUAUAACCGACAUCCACAGACGAGCCGGUCUGAAUGAGGAGCAAUAUGCGCAGUAUCUGAAGAACACCCAAAACACACACGCCCUGGGGCGACCCGGAACUGUGGAUGAAGUGGCCCGAAUGAUCGCUUUUUUGGCUUCAGACGCUGCAUCCUAUAUCACAGGAGUGACCAUUCCUGUAGAUGGGGGGCGCCACGCUAUGUGUCCGCGGUGAGCCUGUGUGACAGAGAGUAAAGGAUAAUAUGAUACUGGAGUAUUACAGAGAGUGACCUGUAUGGGUGUGCGGGGGGCAAAUGUCAGUACAUCAUAGACUGUAAUACUUGUCACAGCAUUAACACGUUAUAACGUUGUGAUUGUACCUUCUGCAAUAUUAUAACAGGCCGCUGCUAUAAAUAAAAGCUUAUAACAGUA